AUGUUCAACCCGUCUCAGCGAUUUUUUUUGAACUCUUAUCAUGCGUGCGUUGGAAAUACAAUAUCACGUCGGCUGGCGCCUCUAGCUUGUAAAAGGCCACUGUUCCCGCAAUCUAAGAGUCUGAUUUACUCCCAGAUUCAGAAUAAAGGGUUUUCAACUUGUAGAACACUCUCAUUUCAGCAAAGUUUGAAGACAAGGGCCCUUGAGGCUUCACCUGCAUCACAGUCUAAAGUGCAGGCCAAGAAUGACAACUCCAAGACACCUACAAUAUCCGAAUUGAAGAUCUUGAAGGACUUGUUCAAAUAUAUUUGGCCCAGUGGAGAGAAAAAAGUCCGGAUUCGUGUUUUGAUUGCAUUGGGGCUUCUGGUAGGGUCCAAGCUGCUCAAUGUGCAGGUUCCUUUCUUCUUUAAAAACAUUGUUGAUUCCAUGAAUGUAGAAUGGACCGACGCUACAUCUGUCUUACCGGUCGCCAUUGGAACUCUGAUUUUUUCUUAUGGUGCUGCAAGAUUCGGAUCUGUUCUUUUUGGUGAGCUACGAAACGCGAUAUUUGCGUCUGUGGCUCAAAACGCGAUUACCAAGGUCUCUAUCCAGACCUUUCGACAUCUCAUGAAAUUGGACCUGGGUUGGCAUUUAAGUCGACAGACCGGUGGUCUUACAAGGGCGAUGGACAGAGGUACCAAAGGUAUAUCCUACGUUCUGAGCGCCAUGGUAUUUCAUAUCAUUCCAAUAACUGUCGAAAUUGGAGCUGUUUGCGGGAUUCUAACUUACCAAUUUGGAGCCUCUUUUGCAGCAAUGACAUUCACUACCAUGAUGUUGUAUGCAAUCUUCACGUUUAAAACCACUGCAUGGCGAACAGAAUUUAGAAAAUCGGCCAACAAAGCCGAUAACAAAGGAGCUUCAAUCGCUGUUGAUUCAUUGAUAAAUUUUGAAGCUGUCAAGUACUUCAACAAUGAGGAUUUUCUCGCAAAACGGUACAUGCAGUCUUUGACCAAUUACAAGGACUCCCAAAUUAAGGUUGCCCAGUCGCUCGCAUUUUUGAACGCGGGUCAAAAUUUCAUUUUCACAUCCGCCUUGACCGCUAUGAUGUACAUGGGUUGUACAGGUGUAGUUGACGGGUCUCUAUCAGUAGGAGAUCUAGUUUUAAUUAACCAAUUGGUCUUUCAGCUGUCUGUUCCUCUCAACUUUCUAGGCAGUGUCUACCGCGAGUUGAAACAAUCUCUCAUAGAUAUGGAAUCUCUGUUCCGCCUCCAAAGAAACAAAAUAAGCAUUAAAAAUGCAGAAAAACCAUUAAUGCUGCCGGAAAUGUUGCCUGCUGAGAUAAAGUUUGAAAACGUUUCGUUUGGUUACGAUCCGCAGAGACUGAUCUUGAAAAACACCAGCUUCACCAUACCUGCUGGGUCGAAGACCGCAAUUGUAGGACCUUCAGGCAGUGGUAAAUCGACAAUUUUGAGACUUGUUUUCAGAUUUUAUGACGUGCUCGAGGGGCGUGUGCUGGUAGAUGGGAAAAAUGUCAGGGACAUUGACAUAGAGUCCCUCAGACGCUCAAUUGGUGUUGUUCCGCAAGAUACGCCUUUGUUCAACGAGAGCAUCUGGCAAAAUGUCAAGUUUGGAAGAAUUACAGCCUCAGAUGAAGAGAUAGCCUUGGCAAUUGAAAAGGCUCAAUUACAAAAUCUGAUAAACAACCUUCCGAAUGGACGUGAUACCAUAGUUGGAGAACGAGGAAUGAUGAUUAGUGGAGGAGAGAAACAAAGACUCGCAAUCGCCAGAGUUCUUUUGAAAGAUGCCCCGCUGAUGUUUUUCGACGAGGCUACAAGCGCAUUAGACACACAUACAGAGCAGGCUCUGCUAAAGACGGUGAGACAGCACUUCAAAUCAGGUUCCAAGACCAGCGUCUAUAUUGCCCACCGUCUGCGAACGAUUGCUGACGCUGAUAAGAUUGUCGUUCUUGAACAGGGUCGUGUCAAAGAGGAAGGCAAGCACACCGAGCUUCUCGCCCAACCUAAUUCUCUUUACAGAGAGCUUUGGGACAUCCAAGAGGACCUUGAGCUGUUAGAGGAAGAGUCAAGAGAAAGAGAGCUCGCAGAGAAGGGGUCUGAGACCGAAGGACAAUGA